AGCGUUUGGCGCGAAAUGACAGCCGCACUUUUUAAUUUACCGCGUUCAAAACGUAAUUAAAACAACAAAUAAACACAAAAAUGGAUUUAAAAGAAAUUAUCAAGUGGUUUAUCCCGUGUUUUCAUAUAUUGCUAUUAAAAAAAGUGAAAAUGUUCGGGCGUUUGACGUUUAUAGUAUUGUUUUUACUUUUUAUAUGGCGACCCGGUUGUGGCGCAAACGCGAACCUUGUUAGUGAUAAUAUUGAUACCAAAAAUGUAGUUAAUAGUUAUUUAGACAGUAAAUAUAACCAAAGUGAUGUUUAUGAUGUUAAAAUGGAUAGAAAUGAAGGGAGAAGUCUGGAUGUGUCAACCGGGCGGACGUUCGGGCGUCCUCUCAAGAAGAUGAUGCAAGCUCUCAUCCCGCUUGCGUUCCAGAUCGGAGCGGCAUCCACGUGGGCAGUGGUCGCUGCUAUAGUCGGCAUCAAAACGUUGCUGGUUGCGCUUGUUAUACUGAAGCUACUGCUCAUGGCUGGCGCUGCUAAGGUGGGAGCACUAUUCGGUCAGAAGACGCACCACGGUCACGGGUGGGAGGCGCCGGCGCAGAAGGAGAUACAUCUGCACAUACACAACGGAGCCCAUCCAGAGAUACAUGAUGGCGCUAUUUCCGCUUGGAACAGGGACAGCACAGGAACGGCAGCGGCUUCAGACAAGAACAUUAAUUUAGUAAUUAACCCUUACGCUGCGGUUGCUGGACCACAAACUAUAAGUACGCCGUAUGGAAACUAUGUGAGGGUUGACUCUCCUAAUGCUUUGUCAUCGUUGUCUUCUUUAUCGAGUCUUAGUACUUAAGCCCGAAGUUUACUGAUGACAUAAACGUCAGAUAAAUAACUUAAAGCUUCUUAAAGUCCAUUUCACGAAAGAAGUCCCGCGGAAAAUUGUAGAACUAUAUAUUUUUGUAUGUAUUUAACCAGCUAUCGCAUAGACACAAGCGCUGCGUCUGCGGGUCCUCUUUCGUGAAAUGGGCUCUACUAUGAAUUUUCACGUUCAAUUGGCAAAGGUAACAGUUGUUUUAAGAAGAAGGACGUUUAUGUUGUCGGUGUAAAUAGGCCUUAGGUAAUUCGUAACUUCUACGACACCGUGUACCACCGCGGAUUAUGUACUUAAUAUUCCUCCGCGCGGACAGGCUUUUUGGGAAAGGUUUGAGCGGCUUUCAUAGAAAUAAUAAAAAACAACGGUGCACUGUGUCGGGUGUGAAUCAUUUCAAGAUGACGCAAUUUUAAUUAGAAGAGAUGAUUUUAAAAUCCUUUAAAAUGUGGCGGUACCUUCAGUAAGAUAUUUCUCAUAAGAAAUGCAUAUUAUUUCUCAUGUAUAAUGCGCAAGGAAUGAUUUGGUAUGGGAAUAAGCAAAGGCGUAACCGUGUUCCCAGUUCCCACUAGUUCUGAUUACCCAUCAAGAAGUAUAAUUAUAUUCAGAUUCAGACCUUUGCUUCUGAGAAAUUCUGCUUCCACCUCCUAUCAAGCUGGAGAUGUAAAGAAUUAGUUUUCCUCAUUUUUUUGUAGUUAUUUAUGCAACUUAGUAGAUUGCUAGCAUUUCCUCAUUUCAAUGAGCAUUUGUUCAGCAAUUUAUUAAGUUUUAUAAAUGGCGUAAAGGAAUUUUAUGUGCACAAAUAUAAUUAAGGUAGUAAGUACAGUUUGCCUCACAAAAUUUUGCAAUUUUGAAGUUAGACAUUCGACUUGACAGACGACGAUCAUAAAAAGGUCGCCGUCGACGCUGGAUUGCAGGUCGCCUCCAA